UGCCUGGUGCUUGGUGCCUGGCAUCCAGGGUCAUUUUCUUUCAUAACAACCGCUGCCAUCCUUGCAUUAGCAUUUUCACUGCUGCGGGGGCAACACUCGGGUGUGUGAGUGUGUGUGCGCCAGCCCCGUUGCUUGUUCCUUACGGAUCUGAUUAUGCAGGGACUUGGGAAGACUGAGAGAGGCGAGCAGGGCCGAGACAUCGACCUGACAUCGCUGAGAUCCACCAUGCCGGCCGGCGGCCCCCUCCAGGGAGGCUCAACCUCUAACCUGAACAUGAAUCUGUAUGCCACUAAGAAGACGGUAGCUGAGGGCAUGCUGGACUUCGCUCUGUUCCUGGCUAACAUCACGCACAUGAAGACUGUCAUCGAACAGGGAGCCGGAUACAGGUACUACAUUGCUGUCCUGACCCUCAUCUCCUUCUCUCUGGCUCUCCAGAUAGUGGCUGGAGUCCUGAUCAUCAUCAUUGCUCGAGUUGAGCUGACCCUCCUCUCCUCUUGUCAGCGUGUGUUAAACUUCCUGAACAACGUGACCACUGGAAUCUUCUUCCUCACCCUCAUCAUCAACAUCAUCAAAGCUGCGUUUGGCACACAGCGCAGCUGCUUACUGCGAUGGCUGUUUCAGCGUUUCAUUCUGUGAAACACUCUCACACCCUGUAUGUGCAUUCAUACACAAAGCCUGAACAUACAUGUAUGUUUAAAGCUGCUCUGAGUAGAAUUUGUAUGUGAAACUGGUGAAAACCUGCACAUACUCCCACACUGUUGUUCUUGAUAUGACCACCAGAGGGAGCUAAGGCGCAGGCCCACAAAUAUGCUCAAAUGAAUAGCCAUGGAUUUGGACUGUGUGUCUGUGCUACAGCCUUGCGGGUAUCUCAGCACAUCAGUCAUCCCGCUUGCUUGUCCAGCUUCAGCUUAACAGGCUCAAAAUUAUUUUGUUUUUAUGGCAAAGAUGGAAGUGAGCAGUAAAAGCCAACAUAUCAUGAGAGAAAUGAACGCAACAAACACUAAGUCCAAAUAACAUGUUCUCAGGGUCCACCACUGAGCACUUUAACCGGAUCAGCUGGGGGUCGUUGCUUGAAGGCGGCAUUAAAUUACAUUUGUUGAGUGAGCUGAUUAAAUCUCUCAUAUGGAAUUUAUUUAAUACAAAUAAAACAGAAACUCUGUUACCAUAAGUCUGGUCAAAACGUCACAUAAACCAGACAGAGACUGGAGGGCGAGUGACUGAGCCGUAAUGCUGCUUGUGUGGGUGCAUUGCUGUGUGUCUGUCGGUUUGUGGCCAUUGUGAGUGUGUGUGCAUCAGCUGCAUGUGUGCAUAUGGGUGGAUGUGUUUGAAAUGUUUGAAAUUGUGUGUUUGUGUGUCUGUCCCUGUGUGUGUGUAUGUUUGUGUGUGUGUGUUGUAGCCCGCAGGGACCUGAACGUGGUGUCCAAUCAGAAACGGCUCGAUUACCUGAACAACGUCACCACAGGCGUCAUCUUCGUCACCACGGUGGUCAACUUCUUCGUCAGCUUCUUCGGAUCCAAGAGGACUGGUUUCUUCC